CAUUUUGCAAAUAAAUAAUCUUUCUUCAUAAAUCUUGGCCAGAAUGUAUUCAGUUAUCUUUUUAGUAGAGAUGAGCGAAUCGAACCAGGCGAAUUGGAAUUCGUUUCGAAUUUCAGGAAAAAUUCGAUUCGCGGCGAAAUCCGAAUAUUAGCAUACUUCGGGUGCGCGAAUCGGAUUUUUCCCCGAUCAGCCGGCAAAAGUGUCCCUGCAGAGAGCUCCGCUAUUUCUGACAGUUCUCUGACAGUUCCUUCACAUCGGUUGAAACAUU